CCCUUUCUGCUUGCCGGGGUCGCAGCGUGGAAGGGCAGUGCCAUGCUCCUCUGGGUCCUGGCUGCGUUUUGCCUGUGGCUGCGCCUGGCUCUGGGCGUGCGCGGCGCGCCCUGCGAGGCGGUGCGCAUCCCCAUGUGCCGGCACAUGCCCUGGAACCUCACGCGGAUGCCCAACCACCUGCACCACAGCACGCAGGAGAACGCUAUCCUGGCCAUUGAACAGUAUGAGGAGCUGGUAGACGCGAACUGCAGUGGCGUGUUGCGAUUCUUCCUCUGCGCCAUGUACGCGCCCAUCUGCACCCUGGAGUUCCUACACGACCCCAUCAAACCGUGCAAAUCCUUGUGUCAGCGCGCGCGCGACGACUGUGAGCCCCUCAUGAAGAUGUACAACCACAGCUGGCCUGAAAGCCUGGCCUGCGAUGAGCUGCCUGUCUAUGACCGGGGCGUGUGCAUUUCGCCAGAGGCCAUUGUCACCGACCUCCCCGAGGACGUGAAGUGGAUAGACAUUACCCCAGACAUGAUGGUACAAGAAAGGCCUCUUGAUCUUGAUUGUAAACACUUAAGUCCCGACAGGUGCAAGUGCAAAAAGGUGAAACCAACUCUGGCGACUUAUCUGAGCAAAAACUACAGUUAUGCUAUUCAUGCCAAAAUAAAAGCUGUCGAGAGGAGUGGCUGCAAUGAAUUCACCACUGUGGUGGAUGUGAAAGACAUCUUCAAGUCCUUAUCCCCCAUCCCUCGAACUCAAGUUCUACUCAUUACCAAUUCUUCAUGCCAGUGCCCGCACAUUCUGCCCCAUCAAGAUGUUCUGAUCAUGUGCUACGAGUGGCGCUCAAGGAUGAUGCUUCUUGAAAAUUGCUUAGUUGAAAAAUGGAGAGAUCAACUUAGUAGAAGAUCCAUACAGUGGGAAGAGAGGCUCAAGGAGCAUCAGAGAACUAUUCAGGAACAGCAGAAAACAAUUCAGGACAAGAAGCGAACAGCGGGACGCACCAGCCGCAGUAACCCACCCAAACCAAAGGGAAAGCCACCUGCUCCCAAAUCAGCCAGUUCUCCCAAGAAGAACAUUAAUGCCAGGAGUGCCCAGAAGAGGACAAAUCCCAAAAAAGUGUGAGCUGA